CGUACCCUUCACUGGGGAGCCAAAGGGAUCCACAGGCGCCAUUUUUCCUCCCAGCUUCUCUCUUCUCUCUCUUCUUCUCUCUCUCUCUGGGGAGGCGCAAUGACAGACGGGCACCUGUUCAACAACAUCCUUCUGGGCGGCCGAGGGGGCGCUAAUCCGGGGCAGCUUAGGGUUCAUUCGGGGGGUAUCAUAUGGCGGAAGCAGGGUGGUGGGAAGGCUGUGGAAGUUGACAAAUCUGACAUAGUUGGGUUGAUCUGGAUGAAAGUUCCGAGGGCAUAUCAGCUCGGUGUGCGGAUUAAAGCUGGGCUUGUUUACAAGUUCACGGGCUUUCGUGAGCAGGAUGUGAACAGUUUGACAAGUUUUAUGCAAAAUUCAAUGGGGAAAACACCAGAGGAAAGACAAUUGUCAAUAAGCGGUUGCAAUUGGGGUGACGUGGAUCUGAAUGGAAAUAUGUUGACAUUCUUGGUUGGCUCAAAGCAGGCCUUUGAGGUAUCUUUAGCAGAUGUAUCACAGGCACAGUUACAAGGGAAAACUGAUGUUGUUUUAGAGUUUCAUGUAGAUGAUACCACUGGAGCUAAUGAGAAAGAUUCGCUGAUGGAGUUGAGCUUUCACGUACCUAAUUCCAAUACAUCCUUCCUUGGAGAUGAAACACGCCCUCCAGCACAGGUCUUCCGAGAUAGAAUAAUGUCUGUAGCUGAUGUUGGUACAUCAGGCGAGGAUGCUGUUGUCAUGUUUGAUGGUGUUGCUAUACUUACACCUAGAGGGCGCUACAAUGUGGAGCUUCAUAUGUCAUUUUUGCGGCUUCAAGGGCAAGCAAAUGAUUUCAAAAUUCAGUAUAGCAGUGUCGUUCGCCUUUUUCAAUUGCCUAAGUCCAAUCAGCCACAUACUUUUGUCAUUAUUACUUUAGAUCCACCAAUUCGGAAAGGACAAACUUUGUAUCCACAUAUUGUGAUGCAGAUUGAAACAGACUAUGUUGUUGAAAGUACAUUAUCAAUCAGUGAAGAUCUGAUGAAGACAAAAUAUAAGGACAGGCUGGAAUUAUCCUAUAAGGGAUUAAUGCCUGAAGUGUUCACUCAGAUAUUGCGUGGUUUAUCUGGUGCUAAAGUAACUAGACCUGGGAAGUUUCGUAGUGCUCAGGGUGGAUUUGCAGUGAAAUCAUCAUUGAAAGCUGAAGAUGGGGUCCUAUAUCCUCUAGAGAAAGGAUUCUUUUUCCUACCGAAGCCACCCACCCUUGUUUUACAUGAUGAGAUUGAUUAUGUUGAGUUUGAGAGACAUGGUGCUGGAGGAUCAACUAUGUCAUCUCACUACUUUGACCUGCUGGUAAGGUUGAAGAGUGAACAGGAGCAUCAGUUCCGGAAUAUCCAGAGGAAUGAAUAUCAUAACCUUUUCGACUUUAUAAGCUCAAAGGGUUUGAAGAUCUUGAACCUUGGUGGCACCCAGGCUGCAACAGGUGUUGCAGCUGUCCUUAAUGAUGAUGAUGAUGAUGCUGUUGACCCUCACCUUGAGCGUAUAAAGAAUCAACGUGAUGAUGGUGGUGAAGAAAGUGAUGAAGAGGAUGAAGACUUUGUUGCUGAUAAAGAUGAUGCUGGUUCACCUACUGAUGAUUCAGACGAAGAGGAGUCAGAUGCCAGUGAAAGUGCAGAUGACAAGGAAAAACCUCUGAAGAAGGAGCCUAAAAAAGAUGCAGUGGCUUCAAAGUCUAGUGGAAAGAAAAAACCUAGGGAUGAUGAUGAUGAUGGUUCAAAAAAGAAAAAGCAGCCAAAGAAGAAGAAAGAUCCCAAUGCACCAAAGAGGGCAAUGUCUGCAUUUAUGUUUUUCUCCACAACUGAAAGAGAUAAUCUAAGGAAAAGCAACCCUGGGAUGUCAUUUACCGAUGUUGGAAGAGCCCUUGGAGAAAAGUGGAAGAAGAUGACAGCUGAAGAGAAGGAGAGGUAUGAGACCAUGGCGAGAGCUGAUCAAAAGCGCUACAAGGAUGAAAUGGCUGGUUAUAAGAAUGUUCCCGUCAAUGUUGACUCCGGUAAUGAACCAGACAGUGAGUAAUGCCUGUCCAUUAUGAAGAUAGGAUUUGUUGCAUCGUUUACAAGCUUUCCUCAUACUGAUGAUAUUUGAGUUCAGCCAAUAAGUUAAGUGUUCUUCGACUCCCCUCCCCUCCUUUCUCUCUUUCUCCCUCUUAUAUAUAUGAAUGUAAUAGUGGUCAAAAGGAAAACCGUUUUUGCUGAGAGCUGUUUGGUGAGUUAAAAAUUAUGGAGUCACUGUUGUAAUGUUGCAGUAUGUAUUAACCAGUGAGAGUGCAAAGCGAAUAUUGGCUUUUCAUUCUAUGAUCACUUUCCUGGCAAGAGCA